AUGCCUGAUUUGACACCGCUAGAGGUUGAUGAGGAGGAGGAGGAUGCUUGGUCUUACUCGUUCCCACCUUCAAACGAGUCUUUGCCAAUACUGCAACAAUCGCAAUCGAAAAGAUCCGUCACACAGCCUUCAAAUUUCAAUUCUAAUAUAAAUUCAACAUUCCGUACAUCGCAAAAUGGUGAUAAUAGUUCGAAUAAUCUGCAAAUGAAAUUACUGAUAGAUACAACAACCACCUCAAGUAAAUCGUCCCUACCGUUUCCAUCUACAAUACAGAAAUCUACUCCUUUAGAUCCAUUAACUACCAAAGAAGAUGCCAAUUCGGUGAUCUCAAAAGAUUCCAAAGGUAAUGCCCUCAAUGAAGCCUCACAAUCUGACGAUAAACCAAAAUUCAUGAAGGAUUUAGAAGAAUAUGGUUCCACAAGAAAUAUCUCAAAUUCACCAUUAUCUCAACAAUCCACCAAUGAGGCCAGUUUAUUGCCGUCGCCUAAAUUUAUAUCUUACCGCAAAUCCAAGAGAACUGUAAGUGAAGGAACAUUUGAUUCGAUAUUAGACAAAUCACCCAUGUCACCCCCGGCAUCUAGAUAUGACACUAAAUUGUAUGUGGAUGAAUUCUAUAAAGACUCAAAAUUUCGAUAUGCAACAAUCAAAAGAAACAUUGACUUCCAUAAUAAUUUCCAUUCGUUAGACUUAACAGAUAGAUUGGUUGAUGAUUUUGCCUGUGCAUUGAGUAGAGAAAUUUUGUUACAGGGAAGAAUAUAUUUGAGUGAAAGUUAUAUAUGUUUUAAUUCGAAUUUAUUAGGUUGGGUGACGAAUUUAGUUAUUCAAUUAGAAGAAGUUGUCAAGAUUGAAAAAAGAUCAACUGCAGGUUUAUUUCCCAAUGCAAUUAGUAUUGAAACUGUUGAUGGCACGCUUCAUACAUUUGCAAGUUUCCUUUCGCGAGAUCAAACACACGAGUUAAUGCUGACAUUAUGGAAAGGUAAAACUGGGAAAUCAAAUAAUGAUCUGACACUUACAAGUGAAGAUGAAUUGGAAAAUGGUGCUAUUGAUUCUCCCAACAAACAUAUUGAAUCAUAUAUAUUAUCUCUUGAUGGAGACGACGACGAUAAUGAACUGCGGUCGUUGGAUGGCAGUAACGAGGAUGGUGACGAAAGCGGACUUGAUAUCGAAGAAGUGCUAAGUACCAAAUUAAUCAAACUCAAAUCAGAGUCUCUUUAUACUAACAAUGGUCCAGAUACACAUGCUCCAACCACUCCAAAUUAUGAAAAAUUAGAUGCAGAAAUAGAAUUAGUUGAUGAAGUUAUUGAUGCACCUAUGGGUAUUGUAUUUGCGAUAUUAUUUGGACCAUACACCAAGUUUCAAACUAAUUUCCUUGAAACUCAUGAUGGAUCAGAAAUAUCAGAGUUUGGUGAUUUCCGUCCAUCAGAGGAAGAUCCUGCUGUUCUUGAACGUAAAUAUAUUUAUCGUCGAGAAUUGGGAUAUUCAAUCGGACCUAAAUCGACAAAAUGUGAAGUCACUGAAACCAUUGAGCAUUUGAAUUUUGCCGACUAUAUAGUUGUGGUUUCAACAACAGUGACACCAGAUGUACCUCUGGGUGGUGUCUUUAGUGUUAAAACAAGAUACGUAUUUUCAUGGGCAAAUGAGAAUCAUACUAAUUUAUUAAUUUAUCACCAUGUUGAAUGGACAGGAAGAUCGUGGAUGAAGUCAGUUAUUGAAAAACUGUGUUUAUCUGGGCUGACUACCACAACCAAAGAGAUGAUCAAAGAAUUAAAAGAAGAGAUUGUUCAACAAACAUAUUUCAUAGAUGGACCACCAGCUGUCAAGCAACCUUUGAAAAAGAAGGUCAAAAAAGUGGAACCUGAACUUAAAAAUGAACAACCUAAAAUGGAGAUCAAACCUUCUACUACUGCUGUUGAUGUAUCAUCCUGUUUACAACAAAACAUUACGACAGCUUUUUUCAUUUUAUUUACAAUUGUAACGAUUAUUUUUUUUAUGCAAAUCAGAUUGUAUGGUCUUCUUCGAAAAUCAAAUACGAUUGCCGAAACUCAACUUUUAUUGACACUCCAAUUAUCAGAUUUACAACAAAAACCUCAAGUUGAAGUUCAAGAUAAUGUAUUUUGGAAUUUGAUACAUUCUAAAUUAGGUAGAAAAUUAACUUCAUUAGAAAAAUUGCAAUUUUUAACGUAUCAAUUGCAAGCUAUACACAAGGAAAAAACUGAUGAUGGUAAUACUAAUGGUUUAAUUGGUAGUAUUCCCAAAUAUAUACGUGAUUUGAUAUAG